UAACCCUACAAAAAUUGAUGGGCCUCCUCGUAGCUCCCUUGAUGGCAGGCAAAGCUGCCAAUUUCUAACUUGAAAACGGUGCGUUUACAGGUCUGGAAAAUCUUCUUCUUGUCCCAAGCUCUUAUCAUCUCCGAUUGCAAUAUUUUCGUUUCAACCUCUUAAAAUUUCCAUUUCUGCUCACUUGUUAUCCAUUUCUGGGGUUUGUAGAUUGACUGUUAGAUUGCGCUUUAAAUUCCUCAGUGGAAGAUCUAAAUCCUAUUUACUUUCUAUUUGUUUACCAAUUUUCUUUGAUACGUUGUAUCUGAUUCUGUUGUUUGUAUGCUAAUUUUAAAGGAUAAACUUAGUCCUAGAUGUGUUUUUUGAAAAGCCAUUUCCUAACAUUUUGAAUGCUCGUUCACUUAAUUCUCAACUAGUUCUGGUAAUCAAGGUUUCUUUUUUUUUUUUUUUUAAUUAUCGAAUUUUAGAUUUUAUCGCUCUAUUUAAACUUCUGGCUAAUUCAAUCCUUGAGGAGUUUGAUCGAAGUUUAGCAAGUCCAUUUCCUAUCAAUUCCAUCAAUUUGAGUUCAUGGAAGUUGGAGUUUUUAUUCUACUACUAUUAUUUGAUUCAUAGUUAGGUUUAAUCUCCCCAAAUCCCAAAACUUCAAUACUUUUGGGUAGUGGGUUUGUAGUUAGAAGAUGGAUUACGGUGGAGAUUUUUCAAGUGCAAAUGUUGUCCAUGUAAUUCCUGGAGCUGGACCCGAGAAUUGGUUUCCAAAUUCUAUGGAUUCCAAUUCUGUUUGGGCCACGGAAGAUGAUUAUCAUGCUUGGAGCAACUCCGACGGCCCUUCUGAUAACAUCCCCUCCAUUUCAGACAUUCAAUCCUCCCAAACGCGUUCUGGUAGUGAACCACCAAACAAGAAAUCCAAAAAUAACUCCCAAGAAAUGUCUUCGAAAAAAUCCUUUGGGAAAAUGUUUUUCAAGACCAAACUUUGCUGCAAGUUCCGUGCUGGCACAUGCCCGUACAUCACAAACUGCAACUUUGCCCACAGCAUAGAGGAGCUUCGACGCCCGCCUCCAAACUGGCAAGAAAUUGUGUCUGCUCAGGAGGAAGAGAAAGGAAAUGUAGUGGAGAUGAGAGAGGGGUUUCAAAUUCCAUCUGUAGGGGGAUUUGGAGGGGAGUCACAGAGGUCUUACAAAGGGAGACAUUGCAAGAAGUUUUAUACAGAGGAGGGGUGCCCCUAUGGAGAUAAUUGUACAUUUUUGCAUGAUGAACAGUCGAAGAAUAGGGAGAGUGUGGCAAUAAGUUUGGGGCCAGGAGCGUAUGGAGGGGCCUCAUUAGGUGAAGGGGUAAGUGGAGGUGGGAGUGGGAAUGGAGGGAAUGUGAAGCCAUCAAAUUGGAAGACAAGGAUUUGCAACAAGUGGGAACUCACUGGGUAUUGCCCAUUUGGGAAUAAGUGCCAUUUUGCCCAUGGAGCUGCAGAGUUGCAUCGAUAUGGUGGAGGGCUUAUGGAGUCGGAAGCUAAAGAUGGUUCUGCCCCAGCUGAAACAAAGCAGGGAGGAGUGCCUUCAAAAUCUCCAGCAGAUGCUGUGGUUGCAUCAGUUACUACAGUUCCCCAUUCAGAUGUCUAUCAUGCCGGUGUUCCAUCUCAAAGGUCAUCCAUUUUAAUUCAGAGACCAGGGCAAAGAACUCAUGAGAAAUGGAAAGGCCCAGACAAAAUCAGCAGGAUAUAUGGUGACUGGAUUGAUGACGUUGAAUAGAUUUUGGAAUUAUAAGAACUUUUUUUUUUUUUUUUUUGAAAUGGGGAAUUAUAAGAACUUGAAAUGUUAAAUAGUUGAUGCAAUAUUUUAGGCAUAAAGUCGUUAAGGAGCUGCUGGUGUUGAGUUGCAGAUUCAAAGUAUCAGGAGGAUCAUAGCACCCUAAACAUGUACACGUGUAGUAAUAGUAGUGUAGUUUUUGUUGUGAAAAAUUGACGCUUGUAUCAAAUUUGUAAUCUUCCAUCUUUGUAAUCACUCAUAAUUACUGAGCUAUGUAUUUAUCUGUCGAUGCCCUUGUGGCUGUUUAAUGCA